AUGUCCGACCAUGUAAUUCCCGGCUCUAUAUCAAGAUCUCCGCCCCAGCCCGCCUCCGCUUCUCCUGACUCUAUCUUCUCAGCUUGGUGGGCCGGACUGACCAGCUGGUGGAAUAUUCGUCCCUCUUUACCAUCCUACUCACAGCUUCCUCAAGCUUCUGAUCAACAAUUCGCUGAAUCGGAGGGUGAGACGCAAGAUCCCACAAUGGAGGCAUUGAGGCUAUCUAAAGCCCGAUGGCGCACCUACUGGCUUGCGGUCGUGCUCUGUUGCGGUGGCGCAUUGUUUGGAUAUGAUUCGGGUGUUAUUGGCGGUGUCCUCACAUUCGACUCCUUUCAACAAUCAUUUAAAUUCACUGCGGAAGAGAAGACUCAGAUCAGUGCCAUUGCUGUUGGUAUCCAACAGGCUGGUGCACUAGCUGGCUGUUUUAUCGUGUGGCCAGUGACCAACCGGUGGGGCAGACGAAUCGCCAUGAUGGUCUGCUCUGUGGUGUUCUGCAUAGGUGUCGUGCUCGAGGUCAUCGAUACCCACUCAUUGUCAGUGUUUUAUGUCGGACGUGUAGUCUGUGGUCUUGGAGUUGGAGCAUCGGCUACUGUCAUUCCGAUUUAUCUGUCCGAGAUGAGUCCUAAGGAGAUUCGCGGUCGGCUUGGCAGUUGCUACCAAUUAACCUACACAAUUGGCAUCUUAGCAUCUUACUGGAUUGACUACGGCGUUGAAAAGAUGCCCUCCAGUGCCAAGCAGUGGCAGGUGCCAAUUGGUCUGCAACUCGUUCCAGGUGCUUUGAUGGGCCUGGGCAUGUUCACUUUGAAUGAGAGUGUGCGCUGGCUCCUGGCUCAUGGAAAGACCGCGGAGGCGUGGGAAAGUCUUGUGUGGAUCCGUGCUGGUGACGGAGCUGCAGUGCGGGAGGAAUUUGAAGAAAUGCAGCGUGGCCUUGAAGAAGAGCGCCAUGCUACGGCUGGCUUCCAUCCACGUGAAUUGCUCGAAGGGCCUAAUUUGCACCGGCUCCUGGUCGGCGGUGGCCUCUUCCUGGCACAGCAGUCGACUGGCUCGACCGCCCUCGCCUACUUUGGCCCUCAAUUCUUCUCCCUUAUCGUUGGUCCUGGUGACAAGAAUCUGUUACUGACUGGCAUCUUCGGUGCUGUGAAGGUCGUUGCCUGUUUGAUUUUCGUGCUCUUUAUGUCCGACCGGUUUGGACGUCGCCCAGUAUUGGCUGGGGGAGCUGCUUUCAUGGCAGUGUGCAUGCUAAUUACCGCUGCUGUCGUCAAAAACUACCCACCGCAGGACGGAGUUGUGUCCUCCGCAGGCAUCGCUACGGUUGCCUUGAUCUAUCUCGAUAUUAUCGCUUAUAACUUCAGUUGGGGCCCGUUGCCCUGGCCAUGUGCGAGUGAAAUUUUCCCCACUCGAAUCCGUGAGCCGGGGGUCGCAUUUGGUGUUGGCUCCCAAUGGCUGUUUAAUUUUGUAUGGAGUUUCUCCACUCCAUACAUCAUGGCUGGAAUUGGCUGGGCAACGUUCCUACUAUUUGGUCUCCUGGAUGUUCUUAUUCUCAUCUUCACUUACUUCUAUCUGAAGGAAACUGCAGGCAAGACCUUGGAGGAGAUCAAUGAGAUGUUUGAUGGUAUUGAUCCUGAUGCCGAGCAAGGCUGGAAGGAUGAUGCGAUCGUUGAUGGCUUGGACGCGGAGGCAGAGAGAUUACCGCAGUAUCUGGAUGGCGCUGAGUCUGUCAACACAGCCAAGUCUGCCCAGGAUAAGACUGGAACCAGGCACCUCGAGUCGACCGCAGGCCGGGCUUGA